GCUAUCGAUAAGCUAUCGAAUCUGCAUGGUUUUCUUCGGAUUUCCUCGAAUCUCCAGGCAUUUUUGCAAGUUUACCAAGAUGUCGAAGAGCGCGCUGGUGAUUCUGGCUCCCGGAGCGGAGGAGAUGGAGUUCAUCAUAGCCGCCGAUGUGCUGCGACGAGCGGGCAUCAAGGUCACCGUCGCCGGUUUGAAUGGCGGCGAAUCGGUGAAGUGCUCGAGGGACGUGCAGAUCCUGCCGGACACCUCGCUGGCCCAGGUGGCCGCGGACAAGUUCGAUGCGGUGGUGCUGCCCGGCGGACUGGGUGGCUCCAAUGCCAUGGCGGAGUCCUCGGUGGUCGGGGACAUCCUGCGGAGGCAGGAGUCCAGCGGCGGCCUCAUCGCCGCCAUCUGCGCCGCUCCCACCGUUCUGGCCAAGCACGGCAUCGCCUCCGGCAAGUCCCUCACCUCGUAUCCCUCCAUGAAGCCCCAGCUGCUGGACAACUACAGCUAUGUGGACGACAAGACGGUGGUCAAGGAUGGCAACCUGAUCACCAGUCGUGGUCCUGGCACCUCCUUCGAGUUCGCACUCAGAAUCGCAGAGGAGCUGGCCGGCAAGGAGAAGGUGCUCGAGGUGGCGAAGGGUCUUCUGGUAGCCUACGAUUAGGUGGCCAUACUAAUAUUACACAUAUUUAUGAGAAAGUUAUACAGAUUGCUUUAAGCACCUCAUGUAAACCAGAACUGAAUUAAAGUUACAUUAUUCAAGGCAAAA